UACUUAAAUCAAAAAUGAAAAGCUUUACUUCCAAUAGAAACGUCUUUAUUUUAAGCAUGCUCAUAAUUAAAUGUAUGGCCACGCUCAUGCAUGUGCAAGAAGAAGCAGUUGGCUGAGUCCAGUUAUUCUUGUUUGCUGUCGGUUCGGACCGAAAAAGUAAUUUCGUGUAUUUCCUUUGAUAUUUUGUGAACAAAAUGAAUAACUCGUUGCAAAUUGGAGAUUAUAUUUAUAAUUUCGAUAACGUUGAAUCAGAAGAAGUGUGUGAAAAUUUAGAAGGAGUGGUUGUUGCUACCACACCAGUUGUUGACAAUGACGAUGAGGAGAAGAUGGUCGAGCUGCUAAAAGAAUUCGAAAUGGAGAAUGUUUUGCCAUUCCUAAAAGCUUCGCAGAUAACUUUUAGAAGCCUUAAAUUUCUUAGAGGUGCUGACCUAAAGGAAGCCAUUCCGCCGCUGGGUCUACGUGUUGAGUUUAGAGAGAAAUUAUUCAUGUGGAAGAAGAAAGAGUUCGGAAUAGAUGAUGAAACCAUGUCAAUGCCAAGCAAAGUAACUGAAUGGUUACAAAAAAACAACUUUAUGCCAUCAAGUCAGUCAUCUUCUUCGCCCCACUGUCUCAGUAAAGUAAUUUCAAUUAAUUUUAUUUUAAACUAAAUUACAUUAUAAUUAUGUAAAUAUUACUUGAACAAGGAUUUACCGAGUUUAC